AUGCUUAGCGUGAUAUAUUUCUUGACUGUAUUAAGUAUCGUGCCAGGAGAGGUUGCCACGGAGUUUAGAAAGGGGUGGCAGCGAACUAUGUGUUAUAAGAGAGUUCUGUUACCAGUUCCGGCUGAUGAUAUUGGGGUAUAUUUAUUUAACAAAGAUCACUACAACUACAAAAUAAAUAUUUCAAAUUUGGAAGGUAUUGAAGUGGAAGAUUGCUACCGCAUUAGAAUUGUCAUACACGGAUUUGAACAACAAUAUGAAGAUAUUUUGCCUCUUAUUGACGAAUAUAUUCAUGCUAUGCCCAAAUACACUAUAAUCGGACUGAAAUGGACUAAAUUUAUCAAGGAUUAUCAUUUGACUUUUACAUCUCUUAAAACCAUCGGGUUGAAAGUUGAGCAUAUCAUUUCUCGUUUAGAAACAGCGUUUAAAACGUCGGCUGAAUAUUUCCAUUUUUUGGGCUUUGGAUUGGGUGCUCAUAUUUUGGGUCAUGCAGGCAGAAGACAUUAUCCGGCAAAAUUUGGUGUUAUAGUUGGACUCGACCCGACUGCCAGCGGUUUCGACGAAGACCUGAAGGGCGACCGCGCGAUGAUGUUGGGCGCCGAUUGCGCGAUUGUCGUUCGAAUAAUUCACACGAACGCCGCUCAAUUUGGAGUCAGAAGACCCAUGGGUCACAUGGAUUUUUACAUAAACGGAGGAUUUCUACAGCCAGGUUGCCCUGAUAGCACUAUACAUCAGUGUAGCCAUCUUAGGGUUAUGGACUAUAUUAAAGAGUUGAUCAAAAAGAAGAAUUGUUAUGAUGCUUAUCAUUGUGCAAGUAUAUAUGAUCUGUAUUAUAAUCAUGAGUGUCAAGUAAUACCCAGAAAGCGUCUUGUUUAUGAUAUUUUUGAAGUAGCGAAAGAUGUUAAGUAA